UCAUUGUAACUGAAAUGUGAUAUUUAUAUAUACCCUCUUUUUAAGGCUGUGUAUAUAUAUUAAACUGUUUAUGUAAAUAGAACACAAUAGUGAGACUCAUAUCGUGAGGUGUUAGUAACUUGCAACGUGCAAUUUUCGGAUAACUUUACUGUUCGAGCCAACGAGAGAUUCGAGCCAAGCGAGUUCGAGCGAACGGGAAAUCCGUAGGUUCACUGGUGCAUGGUUAGAUUGCUUCCCAAAGAACCAACAACUGAACCCUACAUCAGCAAAGAACAUGAUCAACGACUGCUCAUUGGUACUCGCAACGUAGACGACCCGAGAAGUAGAACAUUUCUUAAAUGAGGCUACAGUUACAGUGACAAUUGCUUUUAAAUCACGCUAUUAAAGUUCCUGGAACCGCAACGGCAGUGCCCGGAAACAAAAGAAAGAAAACGGAAAAGGACACGUCAAUACGACCACUAAUAGAGUAAACAUUUUUACAGAAGAUUUUUUCGCCGUAUAAUAUCAGUCCCCAUAGUGACAAUAAUUUAAAUCCUUAAGGUGUGUGUUUUAUGAGACCGAAGACAAUGCAAGUUCCUGCUAGGAAAUGUUUGACAGCUGUCUUGCUGGUCAGUUGCUGGACACUGACCGCUGGUCAAGUAACUUCCACUACGAAGGCGCCAACAGUGACCACAACGGCCGCAGGUGACCCGAAUGCCACCGUAUACCCGAAGGAGCGGGGAUUGAUUUUCACAACCUACGACGACUACAGCUCUGAUUUCGCCCAUCUACGCCACCUCCCCAUGAUGCCGGGUUACCAGAACUGGAGUGGUGGGGUUCCAGGCGUGGCCUUUACCAACAUCUACAUCAAGUUUUUAAGUAUUGAUGUCGACUUCCAUGAAAAGAUGGUCUAUAUGUAUGAUGAACAUUACAAGUCACUAGUAUAUGGCACCAACUUUAACGCCGAACUUGAACUGGAUAACAUGACAUUCGAUUUCGCCCACAUUGGUGUCUCCAAAGGACAAGUACAGAUCGCCGUUGAUUGGCUGUCUCACACCGUUUAUUGGACUGACUCCAUCUACCGGUGGAUAUGCGCAGCAGCGGGGCAGAUGGAAAAGAUCAACGACGACAUCUACACAAUACUUGUGGACCAGGGUCUUGAAGCACCAGCAGGCAUAGCUCUACACCCAAUGGAAGGGAUAAUGUUCUGGAGUGAUUCAGGCAAGCAUCCAAAGAUUGAAAGAGGGGAUAUGACUGGGAAAAACCGCCACACAAUUGUCUCCAACAACCUGCUGGCGCCUAAGACGCUGGAGGUGGACACGGUUGCGCGGCGUCUCUUCUGGAUUGACCGGGACAAGAGCACGAUCGAGUCCGUCACGUUUGACGGGACGGACAGACAAACGCUUAGGCGUAUACCGUACGGGCUGCUGUGGGAUCUUGCUAUAUAUAAGGACAUCGUGGUAGUUACAGACGUAUCAUAUGGUGAUACGAUGUUCUAUAACACCACCAUUGGAGUCCAUUACGGUAAAGAAGAGGCUACGUCCAUCUCGAUCUACCCGGAAUAUAUUUACGCAGUGGCGGCUUAUUUCGAGGAAGAUCAACCACUAAAACAAGUCGAUCAUUGUGCCAUCUUGGACUGUGAGCACCUUUGUUUGACCAAUCAGAUGUCCGCUGUCUGCACAUGCGCAGAGGGAUUCGAAGUUGAUCCAGCCAGUUCAAACAAGUGUAAAGAGAACAAGGGCCUUUUUCACAGGGCGAUGGUUCUGGUCAGCCACACCCACAUCUGUCUCGCAGACAUACGCGUGUCGGCAAACGCCUACUAUGACAGCCCAUGCGUUUUCACUGUGAUUCGAUCGAUCCCGUCUAACCAGACAACAACGCCGAGUUCUCGUCGACGGCGGCAGGUUACCGAUGGUACAAACGUAACAUCACCAGCACCGACGCAGAAGACUUCCCCUCCAACAGUCAACACAACAACGCAGGCACCACCAACAACAACUACUCCGGCACCAACAGCUGCACCUGGCGACUUUAUUCAACAUGUAGAAGUGGACAGUAUUGGACGAGCAUUCUAUUAUUCGGACGCAAGUAACAGGAUAUAUAAACGACCGGUAGACCUGAACAUAAACGAUACAGCAAAGGAACUUGUCACAUACGCAGUUGGUGAAGUCACAGGCCUUGCCUUUGACUGGUUUGAUAACAACCUUUACUGGUCCGAGUCACGUGGUCAAAUCUGGUUAGUCAACACAGAAGAUGGCGGAACAGAGACAGUCAGAGAAACAAACGACAUGCCCGCCAACCUGAUGGUUCUGCCUCACGAAAGAGCUCUUGUUUGGACCAGUGGAAGUUCCAUAAAGAAAAUGGCAAUGGACGGCACAGGCACCAUUAUGACCCUUAAUAGUGAAGCAGCCAAUCCUAAAGCCCUCAGCGUUGACUAUGACAAGAAACUAAUCUAUUGGGUUAAUGAAGACGAUGAACUCUACGAAAUGAAGACAGACGGUAGUCUUGCACAUAGGGUUAAGCAACUAAGCACAAACACCUUUGCCAUAGCUGUGCACAAGAGUUACAUCAAAUGGAUUCACGAGUUUGCAGAUCAACCUGAGAAGAUACUCUAUACGGCCGUUCCAGUUACAACUCUUAGAGGCGAUAACGAGGAAGGCUACUUUAAUGUACCAGCUAUUGAUAUAAAAAUAUUAGAUGCCACUCUACAAGUCAGGGAAACAGAUCUAUGCGCACACUUAAAUGGCGGCUGCGAACAGAUCUGCUUGACCCAUUUCACGAACGACAAGUUUACAAAGAAAUGUGCAUGUACAACCGGCUUCAGAUUGACGGCAGACGGAACAGGGUGCACAUCCGACACAUUGACAUCUAACUUCGCCCUAGUAUCUGACAGAACGUUCCACGCUAUCCAUCAGAUCGACUUGAACACAGGGAAUGUCAACUCUAUUCCUUUUGAGGACCUUGGAGAUCCACUAGGUGUCAUGUAUGAUCAUAAGCGGAAAAAGAUCAUUUAUUCCAAAUACCAACAGGAGAUUAUUUUCAUGGCGAAUUUGAAUGGAACUGGUGAAGAAGAGAUUGCUGAAACAGAAUGGGCAGAAGCUGUGAGGUUUGACCUAUGUGAAACUACAGGAAAUAUAUACUACACAUCCACCUACUGGCAACAAAUUGGCAUGGUUUCACCUUCCGGUCACCAUUUUGUUCUUGAUGAUGAUUUCUACUUUGAAGAACUAGGUUCUAUAGCAGUUGCUCCUAGCAAAGGGUGGCUCUUCUUCACGGCGGACGAUUACUACUUUGGAGAAUCAUACAUUGGACGGUCAAAUAUGGACGGGACACAGUAUAAAGCUCUGAUAACGACGGAGAAUGGCGAACACGUUGUAGCACCGGAUGGACUCUGCAUUGACUAUAUACAUGAGCAGUUUUUCUGGAGUGAUCGAGUAACAAACAUCAUCCAGUCUUGCAAUUUCGAAGGCACAGUCUGUGAGACAAAAGUUAAUUUGACGGGCCAGCACGCAGAAAUACGUGACAUAGCGACAGACGGAACAUUCCUCUACUAUAUCGAUACAACUAAAGAGCAUGUGGUUGUCUUCAAUCUGGAUACCAAUACUAUAGAGAAAGAGCUGGGGAAGUCGUUAGGCCGGCUGGAGAGUUUAGACGUGUUUAAGUCUAAUAACAUGAACACACAAGGAACGAGCGCUGGAUGUAAAGCACGUAACGGUCUUGGUGACUGUAGCACUAUCUGUGUGCCGACUUCCGGAACGAAGGGGAGAGUGUGCAUGUGCGAGGAGGGGGAGUACCUCAAUGACGACGAACGCACUUGCAGUAACGUUUACCAGUGUAACGAAUUUAUAAUGCAAGACGAUGGUGUGGAGGUCACCUUCGACUAUGACACAUGCCUACGUCACUUCGGCGACGAGUGUGACAUUAUAUGCCCCAUAAACUACGUUCCCACUAGCACUGCUAUCUCAAAACAGAAGUGUCUUAACUCUGGCUGGGCAAACGAGACCGCUGUUUUGUGUGAAGAAAUCCGUUGUCCAGCAGUCGUUCCGAAUGCCCAAUUAAACACGUGCAAUCGUUACCCUGGCAACCGAUGUGAAUACACAUGUACAAAUGGCUACAAAGCUGCGUUUGACCAUGCUGUUUGUCUAAAUACAGGAAAAUGGAAUAUUGAUGUCAACAAUUUCUGUAAACUGCCACAAUGUCCGAUGACGCUUAUGAAUGGAUUAGCGCAAAUAGCCGCUAACUGUGACGUCAGCGCCGGAAAAUUGUGCAAGUACACAUGCGCGGACGGGUACACCCUCAACAGUAAACUACCGUCACUCACGUGUGGAGUGAACGGACAGUGGGUAGUUAAAAGUGACCAGCCUUGCAUAUUGAAAACGUGCCCAGAAAAUGCACUACGAUACGGAAACACCACUAAUUGUAACACCCGCUCGGUCGGGACGCCUUGCAAAUACACCUGUAACAGCGGAUACAAGGCAUUACCCAACUUAGAUGAGGUGAUCUGUAGAAAAGACCUUACAUGGCACCCACAGAAUGCUUGUCAAGAAGCUAAAUGCGACAUGUCAUUUGGAUCCGUUACCAUUCAAAAGGACUGUGACCUCAAGAUCAACAGCAAAUGCGGAUACUCGUGCAGCAGUUCCUUUGAAAAACACUCAAACGUUACCAUGUUAACUUGCCGCGCAGAUGGCACGUGGAACCAAACAAACGUCUGCUUAGAGGCAUCUAACGUGGCGGUUACGGAUGCCCAGACCGGAAGUGGCGGAGCAAUUUCCCAGGCCGGGGCAACAGCGGGGAUUGUGAUCCUUGUCGUCAUAAUUGUGGCACUAGUGUUGGUUAUAGCCUUUGUCUUCUUUCGAAAGAGGAAGUCUUCGGAAGUCCCAUACUCCACGGCAUCAUUCCAUAACAAAGGUGACGUGGCCAUAGAGAAUCCGGGUUACCAGGCAACACCAAGCGCCACGCCCACCCCCGAUCGGCGAGGUUAUGGCGUAGACGACCACACAUACUCAACCGUGGAUGCUAGCCAGAUGCAGCCUGUCAAAUUUGAUCGCCUCCCCAAUUCGCCUGGCAGUGGUGGUGCCAAAGACGAUGGGUUCGUUAACCCGAUGUACCAUAAUAACCAACCAGGAAGCGAACAACUGGCGGAAACAGCGCAGAUCGAUAUCACCAUGGAUGGUGACGACGGCGUUCUUACCAAAGACUCUUGGCUCAAGGAACAGCAGAAGUCGUAUUAGCUGACUUGACAACAGUUACCAGAUUUCUCCACGUUUUAUGUGUUUUGUUAUUAACAGUGUACGCAUACAGUCGAAUCCGGUUCGCUCGAAGUUCAAUGGACCGGCGAAUUGCUUCGAGUCUCGGGAAAUUCGAGCCGGGCGCGGGAGUGAUUUCAUUCGGUAAAUUUGUUUUCUCGAUCCUUAACAUCCAGUUCGAGCCAACGGGGAAAUCGAGCAAAGCGAAUUCGAGCCAAUGGGGUUCGAUUGUACUUGAUUGAAUGUUAUACAUAUCAUUGACCUAUUAUGUUAAUAUAAACUUGAUGAUGUUGUUAUAUGUUUUCAUUUGACGUUUGUGUAAGUGAAGUGAGAGAUUGUUGGCAUUAAAAGCGACGGAGCCAAUCUUCACACAUGUUUUAAUUCCAUUCAUUAACGCGAAGACGUUGCCAUGAUUCUUAGACAUGAUUAGUUGGGAGCAUAAUGUAUAAAAGUAUAUAUAUACCGGUACCGAUAUUUGGUAUCAUUGUAUUGACAGUUGCGUCGAAAUGUUACGAAGUGAUACAAAACUGUGUAUAAAGCAGUUGAGUGAUGUUAGUAGACUUAUUAUUGGUAUGUUUUACUGUGUUUAUUUUCGCAAUUAUUAAUUGCAAUUAUACUUAAGCAGAAUAAUCAUAUAGUCCCUAUGCAAUAUGAAAUCCUCUGAUAUGUUAAUGAAUAUGUGAUUUAGUGUGUUUGUGUAACGAGUGAUCUUUUAAAAGAUUUUUAAAUAUUUUUAAAUGUCUAUAUCAGAUAAAAAUGUUAUAUUUUCUAUCGUUAUUAUAUUAAUAAAGGAUCUUCUUACUGAACUUCUUA